AGUUGUAAAAAACGUUUAUCGCCAAAAAUUAUUUAUAUAUGAAGCAUCCUGUUAUUAUAGAUUGACACUUCAUAAUGUUGCCAACUUUCAUGUAAAUGACAUUUUAAUACAAACAAAAAUAAAUUCAAACGCCCAACGCAAUAACAACACUGACCGCGAAAGUGACGCUUGAGAAAAAUUACCAAAAAAAAAUUUAUUUUAGAUAAUAAUACAAAAUUUAAUAUAAAAAAUAUGUCAGAAAAUAUUUCAGCUAAAUUUAAUAAUUUCCAAGAAGUGUUUCUAAUGGAAAAACAUCGUAUUGAUAGUUUUAAAACUUGGCCCUACGACGAAAAUUCAUCGUGCAGUAUUACAAAAAUGGCUGAAGCUGGUUUCUACUGGACGGGUAAUAAAAAUAAUGAAGAAGACGAUGCUGCAACAUGUUUUGUUUGUUGCAAACAAUUACAUGGCUGGGAUCCAACUGAUGAUCCAUGGAAGGAACACAUGAAGCAUGCUCCUCAAUGCCAGUUUGUUAAAUAUGGUCGCAAAGAAAAUGAAUUGACGGUGGAAGAAUUUCUUAACAUAACCUCGGCUGUGCUACGUAAGAAAUUAACAAAAUCCCUGAAUGCAGUAAAAACACGAUUUAGCCUUUUGGCAUCAACGGAAUUGGAGAAAUAUUUAGCAGAAAAAUAAUUUGAAAUGAUUAGCGAUUAGUAGUAAUUUUUAUUUUAAGUUUAGCAUUUAAAUAACAUUUCUAUAUUGUUUUUUUAAUAAAAUAUAUAAGAAAAAAGUAUUUUAGCCGUUGUGCUGUUCCUGAGUGCGAUGCUGUUUUACUGUCUUUG